CGCUCAUGGUAGAGGCCGUUGACCCCCUCCCAGUGGUGUGCUUUACCCGUUUAUUCAAGCAAUCACUAAUCAGAUAUUAGCCUCAUUCCUUCCAAUUUAUAAACACCACUAUGGAUUUACAUUAGCGCCAGUAAUUAUUAACUCUAACAAUACUGAUUUUAGUCUUUCCUCGUCACUUACUGUUUGUAGUGUAGGUUAACUAUAUCCUGCAGGCUGGUGUGUUGAAAACAAACUGUAGAGUACAAAGGUAGAAAUAACCGAACUAUCAUCAUGAGCGAAAUCAUAGCCAAUUACUUCAACUGGCAUCAAUUGCUUUUAGAGGACAGUCCCAACAUAACUGUCAAAUAACAUGAGUAUAGCCGUGUAGAAGAACUAUAUAAAGCCUGCCUCUCACGCCAUAUAUGUACUUCUCUGCAUCAUCGAACUCCUCUCCAGUUAUCCAACGAUACCAACAAUAAACUAUCAACAUCAAGAUGAAGCUCACCCUUGUCUUUGCUGCCAUCCUUGCCGUUGCUAUUGCGGCCCCAUCCAUCGCAGCUCCUGGAACCGAGGAGUUAGGGAAGCGAUCAGACGGCUGUGCUACAUGCAGCAAUGGCAAGAAAUUAUGUUGGAGCUGCAACAGCGGUGGCUGCUCAUACAACACUAUCUCUUGCUAAAUAUCUGAGGGCUUCUCUCCUGAGUUUGGCAUGAAACUAGAUGUGCAAAUCCGGGCUUAAAGGCGUUUGACGCCGACAUGCAAAUCGAGUUUGAGGCGGAACAGGGGUAAUAUAGACGGGAGAAAACAAAACUGAUGAGAUAGUCCAGUUAUCAAUGACAAACUUAUAUCUACCUUAACCACCCAUUUGGUUGGAUUCAUCGCCAACUGCGGACCCCGAGCAGACAUCGUAUUUAUCCUCGCGUUGCGUACCAUGAUGAUUUUGGAGUGAAACUGGUGGUGCACUUUCUAUGGCGUGUCAAUAGCACGUAUUACAACACUUGACGAGGAAGAGAUGGUGCUCGCCAAGAGUCCCUACAGUCAUACUUCUGGGACGAGUUCCUAAU